AUCCAUAUGCGUAUUUCAUGACCAGAGGAAGGAAUACUCAUACAAUGAGAGUCUAGUACCCCCGCAAUUCCCGUGCCUCCGUGUAGGCUACAGCUCGGACGGACAAAUGAUUGUCAAUGGAAUACUUGACACAGCGCAGCUAGAAUCACUAUCAGUUUGUGUGUUCGCUCCUCGGCUUUCCUCACCCGUAUCUUUACUGUUUCGUUAUUUUCAGAAUUGACCAAGAUGUAGGCUAACCAGCUGUUUUUGAUCAGGACGAGGGGAUUUUUUUUGCUAAUGUAAAAAAAAAAUCAUGUCGUGAGUCGCUGGAAGUUUCGUGCAUUUUCCCAAUAUAACGUUCUGUUUUGGUGAUGACUCGUCCACAUUCAAUACACAGUUGAUAUUCGUCGCAAAGUGCGGUAGGUUAUUUUAUGAUCAUAUGUAGGGCUACUCAUUGUAAACGCAAUUUGCGUGAAACGCUUCUACUCAAUUUGGCUAGUAAAAUGCUAUUGUUCGUGAUAUAUUUAAGUUUUCGUCCUUUUUUGAUGUUCUGUGGAAUUACAGGAGACUGAAGUAGGGUAGGGUAUUCACGUUGCAUGUGGUGUAGUCGGAACCGAAUAGUCGGUCAUCAAAUCAGUAAAGGAAGACUUGGACCUCGUGGGGACUUGUUCUUAUCCCAUUCGGGUAAUAGUGGCAAAUAUGCUAGAGUAGAUUUUUUUUAAAAUAUAUAUUUUGUAUGAUUAUCAUUCCUAAUCAUUAGAGAGCUGUUAAAUAUUCGAUGUUUUUAUUGUGGUCUCUGUAAAAGCACGGGGAACCUUUUUUGAUUGAACUUCUUGCGGGGUGCCAGAGGGCAUGGGAGAAGCAACUCCCGCACAGCCCGCAGCAGGAGGGUUCGUACCAAUGUUAGGUCUUGGUAUGGUGGGCUCUAUGCCAGGCGGGGGGGUUACGGGGCCGCUCGCGACCUCCCGGGGCUCUGCCGUCCCGCAGCUUCACAGCGCCAUAGUGGAACGGUUACGCGCGCGGAUAGAACUGUGUCGAAGGCAUCACUCCACCUGUGAGAACCGGUACCAGCGAGGCCAGGCCGAGAACUCUGACCGGGAACACGAGAGUACUCUUCACCUGCUGAACAUUGUGCAUCAGGGACCCGGGAAUAGGAAAACCAAGGGGAGCCGGGCUUCGAACCAACAUCCUCCAGACUACAGCAGAGUUAAUGGAGAACAGAAAUGCCAGAGCUCCUCAGCUGGAGACCAGAAGAUCUCGACACGAAUAGCACUCCAAGGGUCUCUGAGGAGGAAGAUCGAGGGCCAUACUCCUGGCUACUCCUCCCAACAGAACGGCCUGUCCUGUGGGCCGUCGGGGCUGGACUUCAAACGUGUCCGUCUGGAGGGGGGCAGCGGCAGUUUGGGUGGGCACGGACCCUGUUCCUUCAGCUCCGGGCAAUCACAGUCCAUGGGAGGCGACACUUCGUCCAUAGGCCACCCCUUAAACAGGAAAAAUAACAACAGCAGCUACAUGAUGCCCCAUGGGGUCAUGAACUCUGACCUCAUCAACAUGACCCUGAAGGAGAUGAAGAAGGAACCUAUAGACCAUGUUACUUCCUGCGGCCAGAGGUCUACGGAGAUGAUGGUGUUCAGCAGCCAGAUCGACCCGGAGCUUCAGGAUCUGUUCGACGAGCUGACCAAGACCGUCCCGUCUCUGCACGACCAGGAGUUUGAGAAGAUGCUGAAGCAGGAUGAUACGUUCGGCCUGGCGGAUCUGGAGCGCGAUGCGGCUACCCUCUGCUCCCACCUGGACAAGCCCAUCAAGACGGAGUACUCCUCUCCAGACUACGGCCAGACACAUGGCCAUGGCGGCUCCUCACAGCUCCGCCCGGCAUCCACUGGUCCCUCCUACACCAUGUCCAGCUCCUCCCCCAUCACCAACCAGAAGAGCCAAGGCCAGGGACCCUCGGGGCUGGCCGGACCCCCGAGCAGAGGUCUCCCUGGCUGGCCUGAGGUGUCCCAUGCGGAGCAGCUAAAGCAGAUGGCAGCCAACCAGAACCAGCAGCAACCCAACCCCCAGGCCCUGCUUCACCACCAACAGACUCAGGCUGGAGGGGGAGGAGGACCAGGCACCAGUUGGAACACGCAGCCCUCCUCCAGCUCCUUCCCCCAGGACAAGCUCUCCAACCCGGCCUCAAUGGGCCAGAGGAUCACCCCCCAGACCUCCAUGGACAACCAGGGUAAAGGCAUAAACAACUGUCUGUUCAAGCCCAACGGACACAACAGCUCCAGCCACCUGGAUAUGAAGGUGCUCAGCAACAAACCCAUGCUCCACUUCAGCCCUAAAGCAUCCCAGCAACCCUCCACUAUGGCAGGUCCACUGAGUCAGACUACAGCCCAUCAACAACAACAACAACAGCAGCAGCCGUCCACCUCAGCCCAGAACUUGAACACGAACCACCCAGUUCAUAACUACCAGAACCCCCAGCAGCACCGGCCCGUGUCUGGGUCUCCUCACUUGCAGCCCAAGUCCCUGGCCCAGAGAACCCCUCUCAGCCAGCAUGGACCUGGACCUGGACUCCACUUUAAACUGGCUCAACAACGACAGAUGCCUCCUGGGCCUCGUCUGCCCACCAACAACAGCCUAGUGGGGAUGUCGACCCAGGCCCAGACCCAGGCCCAGCCCCAGGCCAACCAACGUCCCCCUGCCUCUGGCUCCAACACCCAGCAGAAACCCCCAGGACCAGGGAAGACCCAGGUCAUGCAGAGACAGCUAGCCCAGCAGCAGCACAUCAUCAAUGACUCUGACAAAAGCAAUAGUAGCCAGGAUCUGUUUAACCGUCAUCUAACCAGACCACCACCAGACUAUAAACAGCCCAGAGGAAUGGUCCAACCGACCGGCCUUUUCACAGGUAUGAGUUCCUCCCAGUCGUUGUCGACCAACGGCUCUGACCAGAGUGACCUUCUAUCCAUGUCCUGCCACAUGCCCAGCGGCCCGGGAUCCAAGAUGACCCCUCCUCCCACGGACUGGAGGUUUGGACGAGGCCCCCACACUCACCAGAUCCAACAGCACAUCAACCAGACCAAGAUGGGGCUAGGAGUCGGAGGAGGACUCAACCAAAACAAGUCCAGGUUCCCUGGUCCUCCCAACGGCCAGGGGAAUGGGUUUGAGGUGGGUGGUCUUACCAGUGUACAACAUCCCUCAAGGACAUCAGUAGGCCAGCAGGGUGGAGGGAUGCCCAGUCAGGGGCAGGGUGGAGGGCUGGGGGAUGUGAUGGGCUGGCCUCCUGGAGCUAAAGCUUCCAUCAUGGGGCCUGGGUCACUCGGGGUGAGGCGGCUCCCGAACUCGCUCCAACCCCAGUCUCAGCUCGACAUGUCCAGCCACCAGUACCCUCCUGGCCCCCGGCACAUAGGCCCUGGCCCACCUAACCAGGUGGCACCAGAAAUGGGCAUGCUGCCUCUGAACCCAGCCCUCCGCAGCUCCACCACCACCACCACCAACCCCAGCCAACCCAUGAUGCCUCCUCUGCCAGGGCUAGCAAGCCUCAACCAGGCCUCUCCGGAGCAGAGGGUUCCCGCUGGGAGCAGCACCAUCGGGGUCUUCCCACCGCAUAACCACAACCCUGGCGGAAGCUACCAGAACCAGAACAGCCGGGCUGUUAACCGACUGACCUUUGAGUUCCUCCAGGAGGGAGACAACACCGUCCCAGGGAUCAACACGGACUCGGACUUCAUUGACUCGCUGCUGAAGUCCGGAUCCGGCAACGACGACUGGAUGAAAGACAUUAACCUCGAUGAGAUCCUGGGCAGUCACUCAUAAAGUGGGAUGAAGUGGGAUUGCAUAAAUAGGGCCCAGAGUUUUUCCCUGCAGCUCUCAUGAAUUCAGGUUCAUUCGUUCUUCAAGUCUCAUGAAUUGGGGUUCAUUCCAGAGAGUUUUUCUCUGCAAGUCUCAUGAAAUGGGGUUCAUUCCAGAGAGUUUUUAUCUGCAAGUCUCAUGAAAUGGGGUUCAUUCCAGAGAGUUUUUAUCUGCAAGUCUCAUGAAUUGGGGUUCUUUCCAGAAAGUUUUUCUAUUUAAGUCUCAUGAAUUCAGGUUCAUUCCAGAGAGUUUUUCUCUAGAACAAUCCAACAGAAUUGGUGGCCAGUUUUUCCAUCAGAAAAUUCCAUAGAAUUGGGAGAGCUGGUCAGGAGUUUUUCCAGGUUAGAUGGGCCAUGUGGUGUGGAAAGACUCCUGGCCUUAAUUAUAGGCUCCAACUUCCCUCUUCCUGGCCUUAAUUAUAGGCUCCAACCUCCCUCUUCUGGUCAGGAUAAACUCCAGGACCCAUCCAUAAAGAAUGAUAACUGCAAACGCAGAACUUUCCCCAUACACAGACUAUGGAUGGCCUUGUAUGCAUCUCAAAUGGCAUCCUAUUACCCUUUAUAGUGCACUACUUUAGACCAGGACCCAUAGGUUCAAUGGUUGAAAGUAGUGCACUAUAUAGGGAAACAGGGUAUCAUUUGGCACACAGACCAUGAUUGGCCAUGAGUCAGAAUUCACCUAAAGGGAUUACAUUUGCAAAAAGCUAUAAUGUCAUUUUGUAAACCCAAUAUAUAAUUUGAUAUCUAAUUGUACUUUUUGUGUAUUCCUGUGAAGAAAUAUAUAUUCUGUAUAAUAAUAUUUUAGUACUUUUAAAGGUUCAUUGAAUAAGAACCGGGGAUUUCUCUGACAGCAUCUUGAACGGAUUCUGAAUAUAUGCUAUCAAACCUUCCUCUUUUCAUAACAUAGUCUUCGUCCAAAAAAUGGCACCCUAUUCCAUACAUAGUGCACUACCCAGUCUUCAUUAUGUAGGGGAUAGUGUGUCAUUUCUGACACAGAUAUGGGAUGUAGUGUACUACUAGUGACUAGAGCCAUGUGGGCCCUGUAAUAACACAGGGUAGAGGGUUCCAACCAUGGUCAACUGUGAACAGGAAGUGACUGUCAUACUUCCAGACUUUGUCCCAAAUGACACCGUAAAUCCCCUUUUAUUGUGCACUACCACAUAAUGCUCUGGUCAGAAGUAGAGUACUGUAAUAGGGAAUAGGGCGUCAUGACGGGAUAUACAUCCCCCCCCCCCC